UCAUGACCUGAGCUGAUAUCAAGAAUGGGCACUUAACCGAGUCACCCAGGCGCCCCCUCUUGCCUAUUUAAUGCCUACUCAAUCAUCACUUCUUUAGGGAAAGCUUUCCUUCCCUCUUUUCUGAUCAUAUGUCAGUUUCCUUUGUUUUCUGCUUCUUUCUUUCCUUGCUUGUAUUUCAGUUUGUAAUUAUAUAAUCAUUAUUAAGGAUGUCUGAUAAAUGCUCUUUUUUCUUAGUAGGCUGUAAGCUCAGUGCCUGACCUUGAGUAAGUUUUCAGUAAAUAUGUGUUGGUGAAUAAUCUCCAGUCUGCUUGAUUUAAAAGGUGAUUUAAACCCAACAAUUGUCUUCUAAACUCAAUAAUCAGGAGUCUGCCUGGUGUGGGUCCCGUUCCAGUAUCAGAGAUAAUGAGAUCUUAAUGGGUUGUUUCUUUCACCCGUGCACAUUUGAAGAUGUAAAUGCUUUUUGAUAGUGUUCUGCGUUAGAGGGUAACCUCCUAAAAUGAAGGGCCAUAGCUAAAAUGGUCUUGCGUGCCUUUUAAUAUUAUGUCCAGUGGACACUAUGUGUUCAUAAGAAGGAGUUAUGACAUAAGAAGGAGGUAAGAAGGAGGUAUGUCCUUCAUAAGAAGGACAUUAUGGAAUGAUUACAUCAGUUACUGAAAAAGGAUGUUAGUCAUUGAAAGAAUCAUAGCUAUCGAAGAACUUAUUUUCCUAAUGAAUUUUAUAAAACCGUGUGCUGUACGUAUCCUGGUUCAAACCACUCAUAAGGGACCAAAGGUCCUCAUGUGGCCUAUUUUAGAAAAUACUGCUGUGGUGGUUAUUGCUGUGGGUAAGUUACUUCUGAAUAUUAAGUGAGGCCGAACAGGAUGUGGUUCUCUUAUUAGAUCUAGUUAAACAUUUUAUGCUUUCUCCCCAGAAGUACAUACCUACCAUCUUCUUGGAUAUGUUGUGAUUGGCAAACACUGGCUGUUACUAAGUGCACUGGAGGUUUUGUUUGGCAUUUUGUGGAUCGAAACACACCAGUCAUGACAACGCUUGUUACACAGUGAAGGGCUUUGAGAUGACUUUUGCAUUCAUGAAUAUUUCCAAACAGUAGUCUCUGGCAGUUCAGUAGCUGGGCAGCCAUAAGCCAGUUUUACUAGUGUGUCCCCUGAGGCCUCUCGGAUAAUUCCAGGAAACCCUCCUUUAUGUGACCCCUUUCGUAUUUCUUCAAAAAUGAAUGGCUCUCCUGUAUGUCUUUCACAAAGACCACAGGCCCUGGAAACUUCACAGAGGUGGGCAGAGGUAUCCAUCCAAGCUCAGGAAUAAUUCUGAGUAAGACAGAAACAGAAGCAGAGGUUACAGACUAUGACCCACAGGCCAAACCCAUCAAAUCUGCUCUGCAGAUGUGUUUAUUUGGAUCACACGGUGUUUCUUUUUUAAACAUUUAAAUUAGUUGCCAAGUUGCAAAAACUGGGAAUUUUUACUUCAAAAAGUCUGGAUAUAUGACUUGCUUGAAAAAUUGGAAAAAAUCUGGCCACUUUGGGAUCCACAUUUCUGCACUGGCAGCCAUCAGCGGAGCUGAGUCUCCACAGAGACUCCCCAGGCACUGCCGUGCCAUCACCGAUGUUCUGCAUUCAUCUGAGUCACCAUCGUGACCUUGAGAUAGGCUGUGAGGUUGAGAAUAAGUGGUAUGGUGAAUAAUUGCGAAGGGGACCGUCUUUUACUUUUAACUCACAUGAUCUCUUUGAUAAACACAUGGCACACUUUAUUCAAAAGAUGAGAUGAAUUGAUGAUUUUUGUUACCUGGAAACGUAAGGACAAUGAAAACUCCCUCUUUGCUGUGGACCUUGUCACACUGCGUCUCUUCUGACAGUUCUCUGUGGACUCUAUCAGUUCUGGAAAGAGGUCAAAUAGCAUUUGACUUGGGCGGAAAGAAGCCUUCUAAAGUGGCAAAGGCCAGUUCUUAAAUGCCAUCCUGGGGGAGCACAUCAUUCGUUCCUGGGCUGCCUCCCGCCUCCUUCGGAAUUUUGAGAAUGAAAUGAUCUGGAUGAGACACUUCCCUGGGCAGCAUUUUCGAGAUGUUUGGACCACAAAGAAUGCUCUGUGCUUAAUCUCGUUUUUUUUUUUACAGCUGCACAGAAAAGACUGUUUAAAACUCUUCUUUAUAUUUUCUCUUUUGGGGGAACCCUGUCAGGAAAUUUACGACCGUCUCUUGGAAGUCCCGGUCACUAGGGAGCAGUUACACCACUAUCGGAAUGUGGCCGAAAGUGCUCGAAGUGACCUUGCUGCAACUUUGGUCAAAUUUGAAUGUGCUCAGUCUGAGCUUCGAGAUCUCCGAUCCAAGAUGCUUUCGAAAGAAGCCUCCUGUCAAGAGUUGAAAGCUGAAAUGGAGAAUUACAAAGAAAAUCAUGCUAGAAAAUCAUCUCUCCUCACCUCUCUGAGACACAGAGUUCAGGAGCUGGAAGAAGAAUCAGCAGCACUUGCCACUUCUAAAAUUAGAACCGAAAUCACAGCUCACACCGCAAUCAAGGAGAACCAGGAGUUGAAGAAGAAAGUUGCGGAACUAGAUGAGAACUUACAAAAGUGUUUAAAGGAAAAUGAGGAGAAUAAGAAGCAAGUCUCAAAGAAUUGCAGGAGACAUGAAGAAUUUCUAGCUCAACUUUGUGACUGCUUAGAUCCGGACAAGAGGAAUGAAAAGGCGUCAGAUGAAGAUUUAAUUCUAAAGCUUAGAGAACUGUGCAAGGAAAAUGCAUUUGUAAAAGGACAAAUCGUUACUCUUGAAGAGACUGUAAAUGUCCAUGAGAUGGAAGCAAAAGCUAGCAGAGAAACCAUCAUGAGGCUGGUUUCAGAAGUAAACAGAGCGCAGAAAAAAGCUGCCUCCUGCACUGAAGAGAAAGACAAACUGGGCCAGGACCUGCUCAGUGCUGUAGAGACAAAGGAGGCUCUUGAAAGGGAAGUCAAGCUCUUCCAAGAAAGGCUGCUUGCUGGCCAGCGGGUCUGGGAUGCCUCGAAGCAGGAACUGAGCCUCUUGAAGAAAAGCUCUUGCGAGUUGGAGAAGAGUUUGGAGGCCAGCCGGGAUGCGACGGCAGCCUCGAGAAACCAGCACUCCUCGUUUAGGGAGAAAGUCGCAGCGCUGCUCGGGGGCAACAGGGGCACGAUUGUGCCCACAGAGGAUGCUAUUUUGGAAAGGAUCCGAGAAAUGACCAGCCAGGGAGAGAGCAGGAAAAGUAUGGUCUCCCAGCUUGAAGCCCGAAUAUCUGAGCUUGUUGAACAGUUGGGAAAUGAGUCUGGGUUUCACCAGAAAGCUCUUCAGAGGGCCCAGAAAGCAGAAAGCAAGUUGGAGACUCUUCAGGGUCAGCUGACAUACCUGGAGGGAGAGCUGGCUUCUGGAGAUGUUUUGCGAGAUAACUUGAAUUUUGAGAAACAAAAAUAUCUUAAAUUUCUGGAUCAGCUCUCAGAGAAAAUGAAACUGGACCAGAUGGCUGCUGAACUUGGCUUUGACAUGCGCCUGGAUGUAGUCUUAGCUCGCACAGAGCAGCUGGUCCGCCUCGAGAGCAACGCAGUCAUUGAAAACAAAACUAUCGCUCACAAUUUACAGAGAAAGCUCAAGACUCAGAAAGAAAGACUGGAGAGCAAAGAACUGCAUGUGAACCUUCUCCGGCAGAAAAUUGCCCAGUUGGAGCAGGAGAAGCAGGUGCGUUCGGCCUUGGCGGUAGAGAGGGACGAGGCCAAUCUCACCCUAAGGAAGUUGCAAAAGAAGGUGGAGAGGCUGCAGAAGGAGCUGAGUGUGUGUCGAGAAUCGAACACGGAGCUCAAAGCCCAGCUGGCUGACACCCAUGAGCUUAAGAUUAAAACUUUGGAACAGACCAAAGCCAUUGAAGACCUAAAUAAAUCCAGAGACAAACUUGAGAAGAUGAAGGAGAAAGCUGAGAAAAAACUAAUGUGUGUCAAGUCAGAACUGGAUUCUACAGAGCAUGAGGCUAAGGAGGAUAAAGAGAGAGCCAAGAACAUGAUAGAAGUGGUAACCAGUGAAAUGAAGACACUAAAAAAAUCUCUGGAAGAAGCAGAAAAGAGAGAAAAGCAGCUGGUGGACUUCAGGGAAGUGGUUUCCCAGAUGCUGGGCUUGAACAUGACCAGUCUUGCACUUCCCGACUAUGAAAUCAUCAAAUGUCUUGAAAGACUGAUCCAUUUACAUCAGCAUCACUUUGUCACCUGUGCCUGCCUCAAAGAUGUGACGCUUGGGUGAGACAGGCACCCACAAAGCCACUUAAAACUCCUUAAUUGAAUACCAUGUCUCUUGAAGGAGGUAGAGCUAAGUGAUGGCACACAAUUCUCGAUUUCACUGAUUCCCGAAACCUUUGAAAUUUGAUCAGUAUGCGAAUACCAUAUACUUUGAUGAUAGAGCGAGGAUCCGUCAUUUGCAAAAAAAGGAUCUCAGAGGUGCCAGCUGUAGGGAAAUGUCUGACGCUAAAAACACCUAUUUUUUUUAUUUGCUAGCACUUUGGGACCCAGAAGAGUUCCAGUAGAUUGUAAACCUAGAAUGGGCAAUGGUGGUAGGGAAUUUACAUUUAUGGGAUUCCUUUUAUGACUUGGGGGCUUUCCUACCCAAUUUAAUUCUCAUAAUAGCCAUGUGGAGAAGGUUUAGUGUUUGAUUUUACAACCUCUCUGGGGCUCAGAGAGGGUGUUACCUACCCAAGAUUGCAAUUGGUUAGCAAUUGAACCAGAAGUCUUACCAUGCUGGCUCUGGGUCAAAGGCUGUACCUUCUCUGUUACAUCACACUCCUCCUGUUUCUCCUGAAUUCCUGUGAUCCUGGUGAAAAUUGCCCCCAUAAAGAAAGGCAGACAUUCAUAGAAUCAAGAAUUGAAGCCCCCAAAGUAACAGAUUUAUGAAUGUUACCCAUAUGAUUUCUUUAAAAGGCAAUAUACCAAAUUAUUUGGUAAAACAUACACAGGGUCUGAGGUCCUGUAAGAAAUUUACCUGUUUUAAAUGUGGCUGCCAGAUCACAUUUGGUGGCAAUUUUUCAUGUUGGAGCAGGGUUGAUCUCAGUCCUUGAAAAGUCAAACCUUUAAUGUGAAACCUGUCACAUGAAAUCCUGUACAGUUUUAUUCACCAGUUUAUCAGAUGCACUGACAGCAGGGGUACUUUUUUCAGAUUGGGAUUUUAUUAUGACUUUCUGUCAUUUUCUGCCUUCUUUUUAAAUUUGUAUUUCACAGAUAUUUUUCAGGAAGCCAUAUUCUUAACUUUAUUGAGAGAAACUUUUACUUUUUUGGUCGAUUACCUUAUUUUUGCCAUAUGUAAUUUUCUAAACAGUUUCUGAAAAAAGUGUUGGUGUCUAAUUAAAGGAGAGGGGAAAAACAGAUUACAUCCGAACAUUAAGAGAAAAAGCAUAUUCUGCGGGGCAC